UUUGUGCUAACUUGGCUUGGCAGUGUGCCAUGUUUCUCCCUGUGCCCUCGCUGCCCCAGAGAAGAUGCUAACAUAAGAACACUGGCACACGUCGCUUUGGCACCGCUUGUCGUCUUUGUCUAAAUAAACCAUGACUAACAAGGGGAAAUCCUCUGAGGUAAAUCGGCUUGUAUUCGAGUGGGACAGAUGUCCACAGAUCGCUUUAGCUUCUGGCCGCGGCAAGCACACUGGCAUGGCGCCCGCCGGCUGGCACGCACUCGCUGGCAUAGACGGAUAGACCCCGUUUUCGCUGGCGUUCUCGUACGAUUAUUCAUCACCGUAGCUCUUGAAAUUAAAAAAUGAUCUAUUUCAUCGUCAACGUCUUUCAUCCGAGGAUUGCUCCACUGGCCGCUGGCAUGUCGCUUGCAUCUGUGCUCCAGCUAUUGGCAGCUUUCCUUUUCUUCGCAAGCCGCGCUGGUUGGUCGGCAUCGCCUCAUCGCGCCUGUGUCAGGGUGGCAUCAGGGUGGCAGUAUACAAAGGCUGAAGAUGAUGAGUUGGAACUUGCAGUGACCCUGGCUCUACUUGAAGCGCAAGACCAUCCAAGAAACCCACUACAGACAUAUGAUGGUGUAUCCACUCAAAGUGGCCACACAAAGGAAAUAGGAAGUGGAACUCAAAAGCUUUGGCAUCAGAAAGACACAAAUUUGAACACGUCUGGUACAUGUCAGACUUUUUUCGCCAUGCAGGACAAGGUCACAAUAGGUGCCAUGAUGGAGGACCAGUCUGAGAAAACAAAAGCACGUCAGCUUCGAAAAGCGCUGGCCCAGCAUGUCGUCAGUUUGCCCCAAUCUCCAUCGGGGGUGACGCCUACUCUUUGGGUCCGGAGGGACUUGAGGCUGUCUGAUAACCCCGCUCAUCGGCUUGCUGGAGGUGGGCGCCCUGUCAUACCAGUCUUUAUCUGGAGCCCCAAAGAGGAGGAGGGGCCAGGGAUGACCGUGGCUGUGGGAGGAGCUUGCAAAUACUGGCUCCAUCAAGCGCUGUCCUCUUUCCGUUCAUCUCUGGAGCAUAUCGGCAGCCAUCUGGUCUUCCUGGAGACAAACGGCGUUGGAGCCACCAGUCUGUGUACGCUCAAAGUGCUGGUGAAUGAGACCAGGGCCCGAACUGUGCUGGCCAACGCCCUCUAUGAAGCCUGGCUGAAGGAGCGGGAUGACGCGGUGGUGUCCACACUGCAAAAAGACGGGGUCCAAUGCAAGAUGUUCCACUCGUACUGCACCAGAGACCCUUACUCUGUCAGCACGGAGGGUGUGGGACUCAGAGGAAUUGGAUCUGUGUCUCACUUCAUGAGCUGCUACAGACAGAACCGAGCAGGCCCCGCAUUUGGGGCUCCACUGGACCCGCCCGUGUCUCUCCCCGCACCCUCCAGUUAGCCUCAGGGUAUCCCCUUAGACGCAAUGGGCCUGACACGCAUGCCACGCAGGAAGGACGGUACCACGAUUGAUUGGGCAGUGAACAUUCGCUAGUCCUGGGAUUUCAGUGAAGAGGGAGCACAUGACAGGCUAGAAGCAUUUCUCCAUGAUGCACAGACACUUUAUACGACAAAGAGUCCUUCGGGCAGGGCUGAUGCCCCCAACACCAGCACUCUAUCGCCGUACCUUCAUUAUAGUCAGCUCAGCCCCCGCUGGUUCCUGUGGGAUGCCAAGGGGGCGCACUGUCAGCCACCGAAAUUCCAACGCAAACUGGCAUGGAGGGAUUUGGCUUAUGCGCAGCUCACGUUGUUUCCAGAUCUUCCAUGGGAAUCCCUCAGGCCUCCAUACAGGUGACUGCAGUGGAGCAGCGAUCGAAGUUACCUAAAGGCUUGGCAGCGAGGCCGAACAGGCUACCCUCUGGGAGCCAUGAGGCAGCUGUGGCUGACGGGCUGGAUGAACAACUACACCAGCGUGGUGGCAUCUUUCCUCAUAGUGUGUCUCCAUCUACCCUGGCAGGAGGGAUACCGCUGGUUCCAGGAUACACUGGUGGACGCCGACGUUGCCAUCGACACCAUGACGUGGCAGAACGGCGGCAUGUGCGGUCUGAAUCACUGGAACUUCGUCAUGCAUCCUGUUGACGCCGCCAUGACGUGCGACCCGUACGGCAGGAAAUGGUGUCCCGAACCCACUGAGUUGCCCUAUGAUCUUAUUCACAGACCUUGGAAAUGCCCGGCGUCCCUGCUGCGACGUGCAGGUAAGGCCUGCUGCGCACCUGAGACGGAACUGGACAAUUCAAACAAAUUACAAUUGAUGACUGACCUUUCCAACCCCUGUUCGUGUUUACUUAGGUGUGUCGCCCUGGUACAAAGACAACAUUGAGAAUAUGUGGACAAACGCACGGGCUGCGACUUGGUGCCUCUGCCGCCCCGCCUGGUCUCUGAAGCCCUGGGCUUAGUGCACUCUCCCAGAAGCGAACACUUCCUUCUUCCCGUCAUUACCCGCAUGGAAUUCAAGUACCAGCUGGACGACCUGGACGCAGACACCACCGCCAAUCCUUACAACGCUCUGCUCAGGGGCUACGUUAGCCACAAGAGGGACGAGACCGUGGCAUUUCUCAACGCUGACUUCGCCACCAGCGUCUUGCACGAGGGAGCCCUGAGUAGGGAGAGGCUGGAGAGCGACCGUCGCCGCAUGGAGGGUCUCCCCCCCACAGAGGCUCCCGUCCGGGGACGAGCCAGACACACCACAAACGCAAAGGACCGCUUUUCUAUUUUACAGAGUGGGGCUAUUCUUACUACACAGGUACGAAUAGCCUGAUACGCACUCACAAGCCCACUUUCCAGUCCAGUCAGGAUUUCGUGGGCUUAUUGUGAUCGUUACGGCCUAAAAUGCCCAAUUUCAUGACAGCACUUUACAAAAAAUUUGGGAUAUGUUGUGAUUUUUAAGAGCUUUUGUGAUUAAAAAUUAGCAUUAAACUCCCCCCCCCCCCCCACACCGUUUUCCUCUGCUUGACUCAGUGACUUAUCUUAGACACUCAUGCAUCGCAUCUCUGAUUACAUGAUACGUUCAACGACAGUAGUCCCAAGCCAGUGGCGUGAUAGGAAAUUGGGGGUGAGCAUGUAAUUUUCAUCUGAAUGGCAUUAGGUGAGAAAGAUUUAAUGUUAGAAAGUUCAUAAAGUGACAAAAUAACCAUGAGGUACAAAUGUACGUACUGCCCAAGGGAACACCAAUAGCUUAGUUUUAUGUUACAUAAUGUAAUGCUUUGAGUUCGUGUGGAUGGAAAUACGACGUACCAGUUAUUUACUGUUUAAGUCAGUUGUCAUCUUUAUUUUAUUUUGUUAUUCCACUGAGUAGAAUUUCCAUUUUGUAGUUCAGACUUUUUUUGCUUCGACAGGAUUUUUAAAUGCAAUUUGUUUACAAUACUUAAUUCCACACCACUAAUAUGCCAUUGUUUUAUUUGUUUACUUGGUUUGUACCACUGCUGCACUAGAC